CCGGCUAUUGCCGGCGAAAACGGUGAAGAAGAAUUACAACCAGUGGUAUUGCAAAUUUUGAAAAGUUUCCCAAAAGGUGGUAGAAACCAAGUUGGUGAAAAAAAAAGAGGGAAAGUGAUACGAAAACAUUGUCAAAAGGGGAAGCAAACCGGGUAGCUGCAAACCGUGGGUGGUGAAACCGGGUUUACUCAGACUGUCUCGAUAAGGGCUGACUUAGAGAGGACGUGGCGAGCUCUAAAACAACAAAAAAUCAGAUAAGACCGAGUACAAUUAUAUCUAACUUAUUAAUCUAUUUUACCGUCAACAAAUAUUACAUACGUACUAAUGACCUAUUAAUGAUAUCAACUACAAACCAGAUAUCAAUGAUUUCUCUUCAUAUACACUAUCUUCAUGGGUUGAUUUCAUCAAACACAACCCACAUACACCUAAUCAUCUCUGGAUUGAUUUUAUCAAACAUAACCCUAUGUUUAAAAAGUUUCUGGAACAUGACAUAUUAUAUCCUUUAGCUUUCUGCGUCAUAACAUAAGUUGCUUUAGCUUUCAAGAAAAACAAAUAAGUUGCUUCCCACACUGAAUCGUUAAUAUAUUGAGAUUUCGAUUAUCUCGAGCUAUUUUGGUUUGAAUGGUUUGUUCCUCUAUCAAGAGCUCUUUCAAGUUUUUUUUUGUUUUUUGCUUCUUUUUUUGUUUUUUGCUUUUCAUGUCUAUAUCAGCAGGCGUAGAAGACGAUGUGUUUAAUUUUUAACAUCGGUUUACCUGGUUUCCUUUUCAAUCCAACUGUUUCAAAUCAAAACAAUAACUGAAUUUGGUUAGUCCACUUCAAAUCAGUAUAUUCUUAAAAAUGAAUUUUGAAUAUAUAUAUUCUCAUUUCAAAUUGUAAAAUUUUAGUUUUCUAUUUACCAUAACAACCUUGUAAUAACAUAUUUAUACUAAUUUUUUGGUAACAUUCAAAUAUUAAAAAAAACUGAAAAUUUGUUAUAAAAGAUAUUCUUUCGUUAAAGUUUUGGAGAUGAAGAAUAUUCUUUAGCAUCACUAUAACCAUUACCGAAAAGAGUUUAUCGGCAAACAAAUCUUCGCAAUAAUUGAUUAGAUAUAAGUGCAAACAACUAAAUUCGUAUAUCUAACUUUAAAUAGCUGAAUCGUUUUUAGUAUCUUAUGAUAACGAUUUUUAAAGUAUUAAUAAAAAAGUUAAUGAGUUUAUGUUUGCUUUCAUGAUGAAAGUUCUGGAUAUGCUUCUAUGCGAGUGAUCACAAGAAAGCCUCUUAAGAGUUUAGAUUAUUCUAUGCGCUUUCUUGAAGCUCAAAUUUCUUAUAGACACAUUUUUAUGCGUUUGCUAAUAAAGAGUUAAAGACUUUUAAAAGACCGUAUAAAAAAAAGGCUUAAUGAUGGUCUGGAAAUGCUUCUUAACGAUGUUCUUGAGUUAAAGACUUUUACAAGACCGUAUAAAAGACCGUCUAGACUGGAGACAUUAAUCUGUGUUGCUAAUUUUAUUCUAGAAUGGAUUUGAUUGAUUUCGAGUAUUAAGAAGUAUUUAACGUUGCUAAUUGCAUGCAUAUGAAGUUUUAAUGACAAUAUAACAUUCCAAACCUUUGAUCUGUUGUCAUGUGUGGAAAAAAUGCAUUAUGUUGCGAUGGUGGACAAAAAAAACCCUCCAAUUUUCAUAUGUUUAGUCCUUAACCACAUAUAUUUUCAUGUCUUUAACUCUUAAGUAAAUGGGUCCGAAACUGAUUCGGGUACGAGCCGACAUAUCCAUUUAAGGAAAGUAAAAAAUGAAACCGGGUCAGUCCUAAUAAGGAAGGUAACGAAACCCUUGGCGCACACGCAUAUAUCUCAAAACAAAGACAAACCCUUAAUAACCGAGUCUCCUCCUCCGUCUUCUUAGCUUCUUCGCUUUAAUAUCCCUCCGACUUUGCUCUCUUUUCUUUUCGAACAAGUGUGCAGCAACCAUGGCGGGCUUUGCACCACCGAAUGUGACAGCACAAUUCCACUCAAAGACCAAAAUCGAAGAGAAAGUGGACUACUCAAACCUCCCUUGCCCUAAACCCUACGAAGAUAUCCACCUCGAAGCUACCAGUUGAGUACCACACAAAGACACUCUGUCUUCUUGGGUUUCUGAUUUAUGGGUCUUUCUUUUACUAUCUACUUUUGGAAACCUAAAUCGAAAUAUGUGUUGCUCUUUAAGACUUAUGCCGCUCUUCUAAACCUAUAGAUAACCUUAAAAGUUAUGACCUUUGACCUGUUUCUUGUUAAUGGUUUUGACACAACUUAACUUGGGUGGGGGGUUUCUUAUACUUUUCAAGUAUUAUCUAUCCUUAAGUAAGACUGUGUGGGUUUUGAUUUCACUUUGCAGAGUCUCUAAAGCCAGAACACUUUGAGGGUUUCCGCCUCGACUACACCAAGAGGAUGAACCAUAAGUUUUCUCUUAUUCAUAGGUACAUUGAGUUUUGGUUUUUUAAAAAGUAUACUUUUUUUUAUAAAAAAAAAAGCAUAUUUGUGUGUCCUAAGUAACUAAGCUUGUGAGUUGAUGUUUCAAAAACAGCUUACUGAUGGGAAACAGUGAACGUCCUGCUGAACGAUCUCAGCAUAUUUUCAAGACUCCAACUUCCAGUUAUGAAUUUGGUGCAAAUUUCAUUGACCCAAAGGUGUAUACUUUUUGUUUGUUUGUGGUAUUUUACUAUUCUUUUUGUCAUCAACAAGUUGUAAUUAACAUUUACCAACUUGUAAACCAGUUGAUGCUUGACGGGAGGCUCAUGAUGGAUGGUACAGUUAUUGCGAGAUUCAAUAGCGUUUUAAAGGAGAACUUCACCAUCAAGACUACUGCUCACGUACAACAAGUUUCAUAUUGUGUUGUUCUUCUGCUCUAAUUAGCCUCUUUUUUGUCAGUAACCAUAAACUGUUUCUUUCUUUCUUUUUCUCUCUGCCAGCUGACAAAUGAGCUAGAUAAGUCGCAAGGCGUGUUCACCGUUGAUUACAAGGUGCGUAGUUAUUUCUGUUCAAUAUUUUUGUUUAUAUCUAUGAACCCAUGUUUGAUUCUUUUAGAUUGUCACAUUAUGUUUUCUAGGGGUCCGACUACAGAACUCAGUUUCAGCUUGGAAACUACAGGAAUCAGUUUGAGCCUGGAACCAGCUCCCUGUUCAGAGCUAACUAUAUUCAGGUGUGAAAUGAACUACUUGCCCUUGCUAUUACGCUUUACCAUCUUAAGUGUAUCGUUAUGUUAUGUACUGAGAUGUUUUCUUUUGUUAGCAUUAGAUAACCUUUUUGUUAGUUACUAAAAUAUUAACUCUUUUCUUUCCACUGCGAAUUUAAUAUAUAAAUAUUUUUUUAUUGCAGCAUGUCACACCCAAGCUAUCUUUAGGUGGCGAGGUUUUAUAUCUUAGUGAGCAUAGGAAGUCGGUUGUUGGUUAUGUGGCUAGAUACGAGACUGAUAAAAUGGUUGCCUCUGGGCAAGUUGCUUCCUCUGGUGUGGCUAUCAUGAACUAUGUUCAUAAAGUUACAGACAAGAUCUCUCUAGCAGCAGAUUUCUUUUACAGCUUUAUGUUAAGAGAUGGUGCAGCUAGUGUUGGGUAUGACCUGAUGUUCAGACAGAGUCGAGUAAGAGGAAAGAUCGAUUCUAAUGGUGUUGUUUUUGCUCACGUGGAAGAACAAUUGUGUCCUGGACUCGGUUUGCUUCUAUGCGCUGAGGUUGAUCAUGUGAAGAAGGAUUACAAGUUUGGUUUGGGUGUUAAAUACGAAAGCCUCUAGAAUUUGUUUUCUUAGGCGUUGUUUAUCCUCAAAGAGUUAUCAGCUUAGGAGGCACUCCCUCUCUCUCUCACACACUCUUUGUUUAAGGUUUUAAGUGUUUUUGUGUAUUGCUUCCAAAAGAAUAUACUACUAGGCAAGAAGGUUUCCUCAAUCCCAAUACGUUUUUUUAAUC